GCCAAGGUGCAGCCUGCGCGCGGCUCUGCGCCUCGGCGGGCUGCGUGCGUGUGUCCCUGUCCGCGCUGCUGAAACGGGCUCUUCGAGGGAUCAGCGUCACAUGACUCCGCCUGCCCCUCUCCAGCGCGCAGCUCGCCAGUCCCUCCGUUUGCCCGGCGCCGGGGGAGGGUCGGGAGGCAUCUCCAGGGCCCGGGGGCUCUGCGGAGCUGAGAAGAGGUUCUGGAGGGGAAUGGUACAUCUGGAUUCCAGCAGCCGCGGCUCGGCGCCAGAUCCCGGACUGUAGAGAUUUGGUGGGGGGAGGGGAGAGCGCGAAGGAGCGAGCGACAGAGAGAGAGCGCGCAGCGCGCACGGACCGGGGCUGCCGGGUUCCGCGCGGAGAAGAUGUAAGCGCGUGGAGUCGAGCUGGCCUCCGAGCACCAUGCAGAAGGGGAUCCGGCUGAACGAUGGCCACGUCGCGUCCCUGGGGCUGCUGGCGCGCAAGGACGGAACGCGCAAAGGCUACCUGAGCAAGCGGAGUUCGGACAACACAAAAUGGCAAACCAAGUGGUUCGCGCUGCUGCAGAACCUGCUCUUCUACUUCGAGAGCGACUCGAGCUCGCGGCCCUCAGGGCUGUACCUGCUGGAGGGCUGCGUCUGCGACCGCGCGCCCUCCCCCAAACCUACGCUCUCCGCCAAGGAGCCGCUGGAGAAACAGCACUAUUUCACGGUUAACUUCAGCCACGAGAACCAGAAAGCCUUGGAGCUGAGGACAGAGGACGCCAAGGACUGUGACGAGUGGGUGGCGGCCAUCGCUCAUGCCAGCUACCGGACCCUGGCCACGGAGCACGAGGCGCUGAUGCAAAAAUACCUGCACCUGCUGCAGAUCGUGGAGACCGAGAAGACGGUGGCCAAGCAGCUGCGGCAGCAGAUCGAGGACGGGGAAGUGGAGAUCGAGCGACUGAAGGCAGAGAUCGCAUCUCUGCUCAAGGACAAUGAGCGCAUCCAGUCCACCCAGACCGUCACCCCCAAUGACGAAGACAGUGACAUCAAAAAAAUCAAGAAGGUGCAGAGCUUCCUGCGGGGCUGGCUAUGCCGGCGCAAGUGGAAGACCAUCAUCCAGGACUACAUCCGGUCGCCGCACGCGGACAGCAUGCGCAAGAGGAACCAGGUGGUGUUCAGCAUGCUGGAGGCCGAGGCCGAGUACGUGCAGCAGCUGCACAUCCUGGUGAACAACUUCCUGCGCCCGCUGCGGAUGGCCGCCAGCUCUAAGAAGCCCCCCAUCACGCACGACGACGUCAGCAGCAUCUUCCUGAACAGUGAGACCAUCAUGUUUUUGCACCAGAUCUUUUACCAAGGCCUGAAGGCCCGCAUCUCCAGCUGGCCCACGCUGGUCCUGGCCGACCUGUUCGACAUCCUGCUGCCCAUGCUCAACAUCUACCAGGAGUUCGUGCGCAACCACCAGUACAGCCUGCAGAUCCUGGCGCACUGCAAGCAGAACCGCGACUUCGACAAGCUACUCAAGCACUACGAGGCCAAGCCCGACUGCGAGGAGAGGACGCUGGAGACCUUCCUCACCUACCCCAUGUUCCAGAUCCCCAGAUACAUCCUGACGCUGCACGAGCUCCUGGCGCACACCCCUCAUGAGCACGUGGAACGCAACAGCCUGGACUAUGCCAAGUCCAAACUGGAGGAGCUGUCCAGGAUAAUGCACGAUGAAGUCAGUGAGACCGAGAACAUCCGGAAAAACCUGGCCAUUGAACGCAUGAUCAUUGAAGGCUGCGAGAUCCUUCUGGACACCAGCCAGACCUUUGUGAGACAAGGUUCCCUCAUCCAGGUGCCCAUGUCCGAGAAGGGCAAGAUCACCAGGGGGCGCCUGGGGUCCCUGUCCCUGAAGAAGGAGGGCGAGAGGCAGUGCUUCCUGUUUUCUAAGCACCUGAUCAUCUGCACCAGAGGUUCUGGCGGAAAGCUUCACCUGACCAAGAACGGAGUCAUAUCCCUCAUUGACUGCACCUUGCUGGAGGAGCCAGAGAGCACGGAGGAAGAAGCCAAAGGGUCUGGCCAAGAUGUAGACCACUUGGAUUUCAAGAUCGGGGUGGAACCAAAGGAUUCACCACCCUUCACUGUCAUCCUCGUGGCCUCGUCCAGACAGGAGAAGGCGGCGUGGACUAGUGACAUCAGCCAGUGUGUGGAUAACAUCCGGUGCAACGGGCUGAUGAUGAACGCCUUUGAGGAAAACUCCAAGGUCACGGUGCCACAGAUGAUCAAGUCCGACGCUUCGUUGUAUUGCGACGACGUGGACAUUCGCUUCAGCAAAACCAUGAACUCCUGCAAAGUGCUGCAGAUCCGGUACGCCAGCGUGGAGCGGCUACUGGAGCGACUGACCGACCUGCGCUUCCUGAGCAUCGACUUCCUCAACACCUUCCUGCACUCUUAUCGCGUCUUCACCACCGCCGUUGUGGUCCUGGACAAGCUCAUCACCAUCUACAGGAAGCCCAUCAGUGCCAUCCCUGCCAGGUCACUGGAGCUCUUGUUCGCCAGCGGCCAGAACAACAAGCUCCUGUACGGGGACCCCCCCAAGUCCCCACGUGCCACCCGCAAGUUCUCCUCACCACCGCCCCUGUCCAUCACCAAGACGUCAUCGCCCAGCCGCCGGCGGAAGCUCUCCCUCAACAUCCCAAUCAUCACGGGCGGCAAGGCCCUGGAUCUGGCCGCGCUCAGCUGUAGCUCCAACGGCUACACCAGCAUGUACUCGGCCAUGUCACCCUUUGGCAAAGCCACGCUGGACCCCAGCAAGCUCUACGUGUCCAGCAGCUUUGCCAACAAGAUCCCAGAUGAGGGUGACGCUGCCACCGAGAAGUCCGAAGAGCCCUCUGCCCUCAGCAAGCAGAGCUCAGAAGUCUCCAUGAGGGAAGAGUCAGACAAUGAUCAAAACCAGAGUGACGAUGGUGACGCUGAGACAUCCCCCACCAAAUCUCCAACAACACCAAAAUCAGUCAAAAGCAAAAACUCCUCAGAGUUCCCCCUCUUCUCCUACAAUAAUGGAGUGGUCAUGACCUCCUGUCGUGAGCUGGACAGUAACCGCAGCGCCCUGUCAGCAGCCUCUGCCUUCGCGAUAGCAACUGCGGGUGCCAACGAGGGCACCCCGAACAAGGAGAAGUACCGGAGGAUGUCCUUGGCCAGUGCAGGCUUCCCCCCCGACCAGAGAAACGGAGACAAGGAAUUUGUGAUUCGCAGAGCAGCCACCAACCGCGUCCUGAACGUGCUCCGACACUGGGUGUCCAAGCAUUCUCAGGACUUUGAGACCAACGACGAGCUCAAAUGCAAGGUCAUCAGCUUCCUGGAGGAGGUCAUGCAUGACCCAGAGCUCCUGACCCAGGAGCGGAAGGCUGCAGCCAACAUCAUCAGGACUCUGACCCAGGAUGACCCGGGUGACAACCAGAUCACACUGGAGGAGAUCACACAGAUGGCUGAAGGCGUGAAGGCCGAGCCCUUUGAAAACCACUCAGCCCUGGAGAUUGCGGAGCAACUGACCCUGCUGGACCACCUCGUCUUCAAGAAGAUCCCUUAUGAGGAGUUCUUCGGACAAGGGUGGAUGAAACUGGAAAAGAAUGAGAGGACCCCUUAUAUCAUGAAAACCACUAAGCAUUUCAAUGAUAUCAGUAACUUGAUCGCUUCAGAAAUCGUCCGCAACGAGGACAUCAACGCUAGGGUGAGCACCAUCGAGAAGUGGGUGGCCGUGGCCGACAUAUGCCGAUGCUUACACAACUAUAAUGCUGUUUUGGAGAUCACCUCGUCCAUGAACCGGAGCGCAAUCUUCCGGCUGAAAAAGACGUGGCUUAAAGUCUCUAAGCAGACUAAAGCUUUGAUUGACAAGCUCCAAAAGCUUGUAUCAUCAGAGGGCAGAUUUAAGAAUCUGAGAGAAGCUCUGAAAAAUUGCGACCCGCCCUGUGUCCCUUACCUGGGGAUGUACCUCACUGACCUGGCCUUCAUCGAAGAGGGUACGCCCAACUACACGGAGGACGGCCUGGUCAACUUCUCCAAGAUGAGAAUGAUAUCUCACAUCAUCCGAGAGAUCCGCCAGUUUCAACAAACUGCCUACAAGAUCGAGCACCAAGCAAAGGUAACCCAGUAUUUACUGGACCAAUCUUUUGUAAUGGAUGAAGAAAGCCUCUACGAGUCUUCCCUCCGAAUAGAACCAAAACUCCCCACCUGAAGCCGGUACACAGCCCAGAUCCAGCCGCUCCCAUGGACAUGUGCUAUAUGAUACUGUACAUAGUCGUUUGGUUUCUCUGGGUUUUCUUCUUUAGUAUGUGCUUCUCCAAGAAACAAAUCCGUUCUUGUUCUUAGAUUCCCAUAGAAUCAGAAUAUGAAUUUCUGCACCGUUUAAGACUUGGUCUGCCCGCCCCACCCCUCGUCUCCUGCAGUGCCUGGUUCUUUUCAUCAACCGUCCUUUCAGUCUGUCCUUCCCGGCCUCUUACUCUUCUCCGAAGGGAAAACAGACCCGCACAUACACGACUCUUAGGCACCUGUCCUGCUUCUGUCUGUCCCCAGCCCAGGCCCCUGGGCUGAGUUGGCCAGGCAACAUCCUCCGGCAUGUUCCAUGUAGUUGUGAUAACUGGGUGGGGGGUGGGGGGAGGCGGGAGGGGGAACCAUACCCCGGAGUCUGGUCAUUGACAAAUCUUCCUGCUGAUGGUGACGCCGAUUUCCAGAGCAGCUUUUCCAGCCCAAAUCGCAGGUCUCCAAACUCCGCACCUCCCAGUGACCCAGAGGGAAGAGGGUCCUGUCCGCUGAGAACCACGCCCCACAACAGCCCCCAAGGCCACCGCCUCGUUCAGGCGCCAUGCCGCUCCUGGUUCUGGAAAUAGCACCAGGGGGCAUGACCAUCAGUCUCCGUAACCCUGGACAAGGCCCCAGAACUUCCCGAGGAAAACAGAAUCACAACACCAAGUCGUGUCGGCUUUGCCGAAGGCGGCCAGCAUCCUCUGCAAGUCGGGAACACGUGAAAAAUGUCACUUUUCCUCUUUGAGCCGCCUAAUGGUCACGACAAAGCUUACGUUGAGAUGCUCCCAGUCUGUAUGCCUUGUGAAAAAUAGUACCACACUGUAGAUUUAGAAACUCAAUAACCAAGUGUUUUUAUUGCAUAUACUGUAGUCCUGUCUAAAUGCCUUCUAGCAGGAAUAUAGUACCGUAGUGCUUAUUCUGUGAAUACUACCAUCUAUUUUUUACAUUGUACAGUAUAGAAAACACAGGUCAACUCUGAAGUGGCAGGCAUGCUCCACUCCGACAAACAGACAACUUUUGCUGUAAGCAAUACCUAGUGGUAUGAGAAUUCUAUUUCAAGUCCUAUAAUAUUUCAACUUACAGCUUGUUUGGAAAACAAUUUCCAUUUUUGUAAAAAUAUAUGUUUCCUGAUUACCUCUUGCUAAUAAAUCUAUUCUAUCUCAGGGUGAA